UUCUCCCAAUUUUGGUUUUUUUUUUUUUUUUGGAAUUUGGAUUCUGGAAUCGCGGCUCCUGUGGGUCGUUGUGUUUUCCUUAUACGAUUUCGGGAUAAAUCUCGAUCGGGAUCUUGGUCAAUAUCUCAAGCAUCGGGCUUUUCUUUUCUGGGAAUUUUUUUGUCAGUCAUGCAACGGAUCGUAGACAACGCUCUUGCUGUUACCAAAGAAUCAGUGAAAACUGUUACAUAUGAGUCUUUGAAUAACAUUGCAAGAUGCAUAAAUGGAGUAUCGGCUCUUUUGUUGACCCUUCUGCCGGGGAAGGCUAAUAUUCUUGAAGGUCUUCAUGGGUGGGAACUCAGGCCCACGUUUCGUGGACCACGUUUACCACGGUGGAUGCAUAAUGGGGUCUCUUCUUUCAAUGAGUUCAUUCACGAGCUUUCUGUGGAUUCUGAUACUUCAAGCUUGGAGUAUUCUUCUGGAGAAGAUAGUGAUGGUGCACUGCCUGCAUCACCAUCAUCUCAAAGCUCACGCCUCUCUUGGGCCAGCGCUUCUGCUAAUUCUGAAUGCCACUGGACAGAGUGGAUUACAUUCAUUCUUUGGUGGUUGAUAUUUCCUCUACGGAUCUUGCUAUGGGUACCACAAUAUUUUGUGAGUUUAUUCUUUAAACGAAGUUCAAGAACAACUCCUACUAGCCCAAGAAGGCACCAACACUCAUCUAGACCUCGCAUUAGCAAGACCAACUCAAGCAAAGACCAUGAUGUUCCCAACAGAGCUACUGAUAGAAGACGCGGAGUUAUUGAGGAUCUUCAUCUUGCUAUAGAGAUAUGCAUAGAAGCAAUAUUUGAUUUCUUUCACAAGGCUACACAUCUUCUUCUCUCUCCAUCAGAAGCUUUCACAAUAUUGUUAUCAUGGUUCUCACCUUCCAGUCACAGCCCGAAAAGAAACCACAGUGACGUUUCAGAUGAUGAAACUGUGCAGACUGCUACCUUAGGAGAGACCGAUCCGUCCCCCACGGAAAGGCCCAUAGAACGGCCCACACGCUUAUACAACUCUAUGAACACAGAUACUCGAACAUGUCAAGAUGUCAUAACAGAGUUGGGGUAUCCUUACGAAGCUAUUCGUGUUGUUACAUCUGACGGAUAUGUUCUUGUCUUGGAAAGGAUACCAAGACGCGAUGCAAGGAAAGCUGUUUUUUUGCAGCAUGGGGUUCUGGAUUCUUCAAUGGGAUGGGUAUCUAAUGGGGUUGUUGGAUCUCCGGCUUUUGCUGCGUAUGACCAAGGCUAUGAUGUUUUUCUGGGUAACUUUCGGGGGUUAGUUUCAAGAGAUCAUGUGAACAAGAAUAUAUCCUCAAAAGAGUUCUGGCGAUACUCAAUUAACGAGCACGGUACUGAGGAUAUCCCAGCUAUGAUAGAAAAAAUUCAUGAAAUAAAAACUACAGAACUCAAGCUCUGCCAGCCCAAUGUCGAUGAAGAAAUCAAUCAGGAGGAGCCCUAUAAGCUCUGUGCCAUCUGUCAUAGUCUAGGCGGUGCUGCCAUUCUGAUGUAUGUUAUUACUCGAAAAAUCAAAGAGAAGCCACACAGACUCUCGCGACUAAUCCUACUUUCACCUGCUGGGUUUCAUGAGGACUCAAACUUAGGUUUCACAUUAGUUGAAUACAUAUUCCUUUUCAUUAGUCCAGUUUUGGCUUGCGUCAUUCCUGCCUUCUACAUACCGACAAGAUUCUUCAGGAUGCUUCUGAACAAGUUAGCUCGUGACUUUCACAACUAUCCUGCUCUUGGUGGACUGGUCCAAACUCUGAUGAGUUAUGUAGUUGGUGGAGACAGCUCAAAUUGGGUCGGAGUCUUAGGAUUGCCUCAUUACAACAUGAACGACAUGCCAGCUGUCUCCUUCCGUGUGGCGCAACAUCUUGCUCAGAUCAAACACAGCGGCAAAUUCAGGAUGUAUGAUUAUGGAAGCAGAUCAGCUAACAUGGAGGUUUAUGGCUCUCCUGAACCGCUUGAUCUAGGGGAGUCUUACAAGUUCAUUGAUGUGCCUGUGGAUUUAGUGGCGGGAAGGAAUGACAAGGUGAUUCGGUCUUCCAUGGUGAAGAAACACUACAAGGUGAUGAGAGAUGCAGAGGUUGAUGUAUCGUUUAAUGAGUUUGAGUAUGCACACCUUGAUUUCACAUUCUCUCACCGGGAAGAGCUUUUGAGAUAUGUGAUGUCGAGGCUUCUGCUUGUGGAACCGACACCAGUCCAACUGAGGCAAACCAGUCCGAAAGGUAUGAAGUUGAAGAAGAAGAAAAAGGAAGCACAGUAGUGUAGUAGCUAAAACCAACCUAUGGCCAAUGGUCAAUGCCUCAUAGAGUUUGGUGUCUUUGUAUUGUGUUGUUGUGUGUGGGCUUCAUGUGUGUUAAUGUCAAUCUUUUAUUGAUUGACUAUGAUAGUGUACAUAUAAUGUAAAAAUUCUCUUGUUGUGAGAGAUGCUUUUUCAGCAAUAUGAAUAUAUGAUAUAAAUUAAUGUUUGUAAUU